GUGUCGUCAGGGGAUGAGGACUAUCCAUUUGUUGAGGAGCCAUCAGAUGACUUCUUCUGUCCUGUGACAACUGGUGUUCUGCUCCAUCCUCACCUCACAUCAUGCUGUGGUAAUCAUAUCUCAGAGGAAGCUGCCUGCAGAAUACAGAGAGAGAGGGGGGCAUGUCCGCUGUGCAAGAAGAAGGAUUGGAGCACAAUGUUUAGCAAGCACUUCAAGCGUCAAGUGAACUCGCUGCGUGUGUUCUGUCACCACGAGGACAGAGGGUGUGGCUGGCAGGGAGAGCUGGCUGCCUUUCACCCUCACGUGAGCUCUUGUCCAAUGAGAGACGGUCCUCCCAUGACUGAGCUACUGAAACUGCCAUUAUACAGAGAGGCUGAGACUGGAGCCUUCCCUAGUUUGUCUGGAGCCAUUUCUCCGCACUCUUCUGCCUUUGGAACUGUUUUACGAGUGAACAAGACCCAGCCUCCUCCCCUGGCAACAGCUGUACCCCAUGCCCUACCACCUGUAGUUAAACCACGAAAGCGCACUGCGAAGUGUCAUCGUAAGAAGGCAGCACCAUGUGGAAUGGUCAGAGGAUCUGCAACAACUGAUGGUCGAUUUGCAUACUUCACCCCACUUGGCUCCAACUCAGUCUACCAAUAUGAAUGUAGUACUGAGAAAUGGGAGGAACUUUCAUGUCCUUAUGAGAACUCUGGACUAGUCAUUAUUAACAGGGAACUAACUGCUGUGGGGGGAGUGGAUGGAUCUCGCCGUACUAACAAACUAUACACACUACAAAAGAUUAAAGGGGUUAACAAAUACCCUCCAAUGAACACUGCACGUUCCCACACUGCUGUAGUUAAAACAUCUGAUGGCGAAUACCUCAUUGUGAUUGGGGGGUGUGCAUGUAAUGAUAGUGAUGAUUGGACUGCUACAGUUGAACUAUUUCAAGUGCGGAGCAGAAGAUGGUACAAACUAACAGACUUACCACAACCUCUCGUCUACCCUUCAGCCACAUUAUGUGGUGGUCAGUUGAAUGUGAUAGGAACUGGUGCUAAUGGCUACUCAUGUUCUCUUGCAACCCUACCAUCCAGUGAUCAACCAAUCACAUCACCUCUCACCCUAUUCUGGAUGCCACUCCCUCCUCUACCAGUGAGAGAGUCAACAGCUGCCACUCUCUGUGGAAAGCUAGUACUCAUUGGUGGCAGGCGAGGUGGGUCAUCAUCAGUCAACCCCAUUCACAAGCUAGUGGAUGGACAGUGGGUGAAGAUUAGCUCUAUGACUAGUGGUAGGUACUGCUGUUUAGUAGCCAGUACAUCACCUGACAAGAUAAUCAUAGUGGGUGGAUACGAUGAAUUUUUGUUGAAUAGUGUUGAAGAAUGUGUUGUUGUAUAGUUUCAUACACUUUUUGUGUCCAUCACCUCAUAAUACAUAACAUUUGAACUCUCAAAACAGUUAGAGACAUUGUGUGUGUGUCACUGUUUUUUACAAGAAUGAUGUAAUGAUGAUGUAAUGUCUAUUUCAUU